AGCGCUUGUCAAAUAACGCGUCCACUUCCGUUUCUUUUCACUUUUGACCAGCAAGAUGAAAAUCGGUUUGUGUGCAUUCAGUGGGUAUAAAAUUUACCCCGGCCAUGGCAAGACCAUGGUCAAAAUUGAUGGCAAGACCUUCACCUUCCUGGACAAGAAGUGCGAGCGCUCAUAUCUGAUGAAGCGCAAUCCGCGUAAGGUGACCUGGACCGUGCUGUACCGCCGUAAGCACCGCAAGGGUAUCGAGGAGGAGGCCUCCAAGAAGCGCACCCGGCGUACACAGAAAUUCCAGCGUGCUAUCGUUGGCGCCUCCCUGGCUGAGAUCAUGGCCAAGCGUAACAUGAAGCCAGAGGUACGCAAGGCACAGCGCGACCAGGCCAUCAAGGUGGCCAAGGAACAGAAGCGCGCCGUGAAGGCAGCCAAGAAGGCCGCCGCUCCCGCUCCAGCCAAGAAGACCACCUCCAAGCAGAAGGCCACAAAGGUGACACAAAAGUCGGCUCCUCGCGUCGGUGGCAAGCGGUAAACAACAACAACAACCAUCAGUUGCCGGUUGUAGCGGUUAAGAAACAAAAA